AUGGAUUUUAACCUGCUGACGGACAGUGAAGCCCGCAGCCCGGCGCUGUCCCUCUCCGACUCCGGGACCCCGCAGCACGACCAGGGCUGCAAGGGACAGGACAACAGCGACACAGAGAAAUCCAACCACAACCAGCAGGACGAGUCCAGCGCCGAGGACAGUUCUCUGAAGAAGAAGCAGCGGCGGCAGCGCACUCACUUCACCAGCCAGCAGCUCCAGGAGCUGGAGGCCACCUUCCAGAGGAACCGCUACCCCGACAUGAGCACCAGGGAGGAGAUCGCAGUGUGGACCAACCUCACCGAGGCCCGGGUCAGGGUCUGGUUCAAGAACCGACGCGCCAAGUGGAGAAAGCGGGAGAGGAACCAGCAGGCAGAAUUAUGCAAAAAUGGCUUUGGUGCCCAGUUCAAUGGACUCAUGCAGCCAUACGACGACAUGUACACAGGCUACUCCUAUAAUAACUGGGCCACAAAGAGCCUGGCAAACAGCCCGCUCUCCGCCAAGAGCUUUCCCUUCUUCAACUCAAUGAAUGUAAGCCCCCUGUCCUCCCAGCCCAUGUUCUCCUCUCCCAGCUCCAUCCCCUCCAUGAACAUGGCCUCUAGCAUGGUGCCCUCAGCGGUCUCAGGAGUUCCCACCACCGGGCUCAACAACCUGGGCAACCUCAACAACCUCAACAGCCCCGCGGCGCUCAACUCGGUGGCAGUGACGGCAGCCACUUGCCCCUACGCCUCCACAGCCAGUCCCUACAUGUACAGAGACACCUGCAACUCCAGCCUGGCCAGCCUGCGACUCAAGGCCAAACAGCACACCAACUUUGCGUAUCCAGCAGUGCAGAACCCUGUGUCCAACCUGAGCCCCUGCCAAUACGCAGUGGACCGGCCGGUAUGA